AUGGCGGCCAAGGAAGAUGCGCCAGCGCAGAGUGAUGGGCAAGUCUGGACCAGGAGCACCGAGUCGCCUGAGGCAUCAUCCAGUGAGACGGCCUCCGUAUCAGACACGGUCAAGGCAAUGGACCCUUCACAUGCACCGGGUUCAUCCAUCAAAAGAACAACCAGUUCGACCUCACAGCAUCCUAUCCCUGCCGCAGAGCCACCAACAACCGUCAUCGGUGAUGCCGUCGUGACUGAUGUAACGGACGAAGAGGCGGCGGCUGCGACGACCUCCAGAAAUGAUGAGAAAUCCACGCUCCCAGAGGCCGGACGCACCAAGCUGGAGACCACAGUCAUUGUCGCCUCGCUGGGCACCGCCCUGUUCUUGGCGGCGCUGGACAUUUCCAUCGUGACCGUCGCGGUUCCCUCCAUCGCCUCCGACUUUCGCUCCACCGUUGGCUACACAUGGAUCGGGUCCGCCUACCUCCUAGCAAACGCCGCCAUGGCCCCGAUAUGGGGUAAGAUCUCGGACAUCUGGGGCCGCAAGCAGAUCCUCCUGCUGGCCGCCUGCGUCUUCUGGGCCGGCAGCCUGCUGUGCGCCCUCAGCGUCAGCAUGCCGAUGCUCAUUGCCAGCCGCGCAGUCCAGGGCAUGGGCGGCGGCGGCAUCAUCAUCAUGGUCAACGUCUGCAUCAGCGACCUGUUUAGCAUCCGCAAGCGCGGCGUCUACUUUGGCAUCAUGGGUCUCGUUUGGGCCGUGGCCGGUGCCGUAGGUCCCGUAGUGGGAGGUCUCUUCACGACAAAGGUCUCUUGGCGCUGGUGUUUCUACAUCAACCUCCCCAUCGCAGGGAUCGGUAUCGUCAUCUUGUUCUUCUUCCUAAAGCUGCACAACCCGCGGACCCCAAUGCGACAGGGUCUCGCCGCCGUCGACUGGCUAGGCUCCCUGACCAUCAUCGCCGGCACGGUUAUGGUGCUCAUGGGCCUCACCCUCGGUGGCGUCACCGCGCCUUGGAGCUCGCCCACCGUCUUGUGUUUGCUGAUCAUUGGUGCCGCGGUCGUGGCCGGGUUUAUCCUCGUCGAGCUUUACGUAGCGUCCUAUCCCGUCGUGCCGAUGCACCUCUUCAAGGUCCGUUCCAACGUCGCCUCCCUGUCCGUCGCAUUCGCGCACGGCUUCACCACCAUGUCUGGCUUCUACUACCUCCCGCUGUACUUCCAAGCCGUGCUGAGAGCCGAUGCGCUCAUGUCGGGCGUCUACAUCCUGCCGUACGCGACCGUCCUGUCUCUCGUGUCCGUUGCCGCCGGCUGGUACAUCAAAAAGACGGGCAAGUACCUACCGCCAAUCAUAUUUGGCUUCGUGUUCCUGACCCUGGGCCUGAGCCUCUUCACCGACCUGGGCGGUGCGUCCACGAACGGGCCCAACUGGGCCAAGCUGAUGAUCUACACCAUCAUCACGGGCAUCGGCAUCGGGCCCAACUUCCAGUCCCCGCUCAUCGCGCUGCAGACGACGGUGGCGCAGCGCGACAUGGCCAGCGCCACGGCCACGUACCAAUUCGUCCGCCAGAUGAGCACCUCCAUCUCGGUGGUGGUGGGCGGCGUCAUCUUCCAAAACACCAUGGACAGCCAGCACGCUCGUCUGCUCGAGCAACUCGGGCCCGAGAUCGCCGCGCUCCUCACGGGUGCGGACGCCGCCGCCAGCGUCGAGGCCGUGGCUGCCAUCCCGGGCGAAAAGGGCCUGAUCGCACGGGAGGCGUUCUGGAUCAGCCUCAGGACCAUGUACAUCAUGUACGCGGCGGCUGCGGGGGUCGGCCUGGUGCUGUGCUUUUUCAUCGGCACCAGGAAGCUGAGCACCGAGCACGAGGAACACAAGACUGGGCUGAAGACGCUUGCUAGGGUGAGGUCCAAGGUGACGGGCGAGAAGCAGCAGGAGGAUGAUGGAAGGGGGUGA